AUGGUGGUGGUUGAUAGAAUGAAGAUUGGUUUCAUGGUUGAGGAUGAUGAAUCACCAUUAUCCUCAAACGACAAUCAACAACAACAACAACAACAACAAAACGAAAUAAUAAUACCAUCAAUGAUUAAAAAUCAUUCAUCUCCGUCGUCUUCACCAAAACCCACAUCGUCGACAACAUCAUCAUCGUCCGCUGGUUCUGGUUCUGCCGCUGCUGGUGGUGGUGGUGUACCAUCCUUGAAAUACGAAGAAGAUGAUGAAGAUGGAGUCAUGAUAUUAUCCACUUUUGCAACAUCACCAACUCCCUCACCAGCUGUCAAGCCAAUGAAAAUCCCAAGUAUUAAUAGUCUUGCUUGGAUGGGUAACCCUCAAUCUGGAAAUACCGGUUCUCACCAACCAUCGUCAUCGUCUUCGUCGUACCAAUCACAUAAUAAUAAUAAUCCAAACCUUUCAUAUCAAACCCCAAUCAUUAUAAAGUCUGAUCCAUACCAACUUUCACCACGCAAGGUGCAGUAUACUGGCAAUGGUGCGCACUCGUCUUCAUCGCCACAACAAAUGCAUGCAAGUGGAGGGAUGGCAAUACCAAACUUUUCAAGCUUCUUGAAUGCCCGCCAACAAAUGGACAUGUCGCACGGAUCCUCGCCAAAGCUCGACUCUGUCAGAACCACGCCAACUGGGUCGGUUGGAUCAUCGCCUUUUAUCACCCCACGUGGAGGUGAAGGUCAUUCAAAUAUCAGUCCUCCAAGCAGCGGGAUGCUCCAGCCAUUGGCAGGUAUUGCCGAGGAGCAGUCGUCGUAUAGCAUUGGCGGCAGUGGCUCGCCACCUCGCUCCCCUUGCUCUGACGACGAUCUUGUUAUUUGCGGUGAGAAUCCAGACGGGUCGCCUGCCUUUGGACCACGUUCCAUGGCCUGUGACAAGCACUCCAAGUGGAAGAAGAGAUGUCCUGACACUUGCGUCGGACGCGUCUCGCCCGUCGAGUUCCCCACCACCACGCGACCCCCAGUCUGUCACGUCAAAAGAGAGCGAGCAGCGUUGGCGAUACAUUGCCAACUCGCUGGGCCGUACCGUCACCUCGACGCGCAAAAAAUACAUGAGACUGAUGAACAAGUGGUCGCCUCGUCCCUCCAUGACCACGUCCGUCCACCCCAUCUCCAAGCUGAUCGAGUCCAACGAGCGCAACAACCAUCCACUCCACCAAAACAACAUCCUAUUCCAAUUCAACCAUUAACUCCAAAUAUUAAAAUCCAACAACAACAACAACAACAACAUCAACAACAUCAACAAUUACCAAAUCCAUUUCAACAACAACAACCACAACAACCAACAUCACCAUCACAAUUAGGGGGACUAUCAUUUCAAGCAUCCCAAUCAAAGUUUAAGAAACCUAUUGGUCGACCAGCCGAGAGCUGUAUCCAACACCGUACUGAACACCAAAAGUGUCCAAAGGAUUGUCCAUACAGACCCGAGUCUAGCCCCCCUACAGCCACCAUCUCUGCUGGCUCUUCUUACCAACACCCACCCCAGCAACCAGCUUUUAAAGUUGCUGGUCUAACGAACAUUUAA